UCCUUUCUGUGGAGAGAAUAUUAAACCCCUGCUGUUCCUGGGGGGAUGCACCAUCCCAGCAAACUGAGGGCUGGGAAUCCUGGACUGCGUUCCUGGCUGGACCAGCAGCACCAGCCUGGGGGUGGGCACCUCACCCCACACCCCACAUCCCUCCCGUGGGAUUUCGGGGCGCUGAUCCCACGCUGGGACACAGCAGGAGCUGCUUUUUGCAGAGCUGGGCCUGCCUCUGCUCGCCCUCAGAGCUUCCCAAAACCUGGCCUUGCCUCCUCCACGGGAGCCAGGCAUUAAUUAGCCCUCUGUUAAUGCCCCGAGGAUGCUGCCUGAGGCUUGUUUUAAAUGCAAAGCUUCUUACAGCUGGAGCAUUUUGUCUCCUGAAGACAACUGGGAGCACGUUUUUCCCCCCCUCUCCCUCCCCUUCUUUGUCCCCCUGCCCAAAUAAUUGUCCCUAAUUUCUACAGUUUGUUGUUUGGCCUCUACAACACAAGCCCGGAUGCGGGUUUUGAGGUCGGAGGGGCGGAAGGAGGGACACGAUGGAGGGAAAGUUGCACCUCUCUGAAGGGUCUGUCAGAACACCCUGCAGCCAGCAAAGCUGCUCCCUCCCUCCCUGCCACCCUCCCAGCCGCCUGGGUGCCUGAGGAUGGUAAGAAGCUUUAUUUUUGCAGGGUUUGUUGCUUUCCAGUCUUAAUUUAAACCGCCUUUUUUUUUUUUUUUCCUGUCCCCGAAAAGCCGAGUGUUUCUUAAAAUGCCUUAAAAACGCUCUUGUCUAGAAGAGUUUGCGGAUCUGUCGGCUCCUCUUCAUCCCCCCCUGGCUCGCUGCAGGAUUGUUUGGAGCCCUGAAGAGGGGUUGCUUGUCUUCUUUCUGGGGGGUUGAGAAUCCCGAGAGGAAUUAAGUGGGAAAUCGGCCUCCCGCACUCCCGAGCUGUUCCAUAUGGAACAGGAUUGAAAUACAAAUGAUGGGGGAGGUCCCCGCCCCAUCACCCCCCUGGGGGAAAGGCAGUGGGAAGAGGGAGCAGCUGGGUGUGCUGGGUGGAGGAUUUGCAGCUGGAGGAUGAAGUUGAGUUCAUUUCCUGAGCAGGAACGCCGGGGAGGAAGCGGCGGGUGCUGGGGGAAACUGGGCAAAAAACGGCUCUUCCUCGAGGAUUUGGGACUGGAGAGUGGCUCGGGAGGCAUUUCUGCCACAAAAACCCACCCUGUGGGGCUUUAUUUUUAGGUGGAGGGAGAACAGAUGUUCUCGAGGGCUUAUUUUUAAAACAAAACUCACUCCUCCAGCUACAGAAUUAGCUCAGAAAAGUCACUCCUUGCCCCCAAAGAUGCUCUCAUGGAAAACUUCCCGGCAUCUCCAUUCCCAGGGCGGGUGGAAUAAAGGUGUGACAGCAGUGGAAAGUCUGGGGGGCUGGGGGUGUCUCAGGCAUUUGAUCUCUGGCCUGGGCCGUGCAGGCAGCACCCCCAAAAUACCUGGAGUGGCUCAGAAAUCCCAGGAUCCCCCAGGGGAGGUGUGGGGUAUCCAUGGGGAAGGCACAGGGGCUGCGGUGGAGGGCUGGGCCUGGCUGUGUGUGUGUGUGUGUGUGUAAAAGGGUGUAAAUUGAUCUUGGAAAAUCCUCACGGAGGGAUUUUGGUGGAGCACGUCCACACAGGCACCCCGGGACAGGUGGGAGGCUUCAGUCCUGGGUGUGGAGCAGCAGCUUCUCAGCCUCUGGAGAGAAACCUCCUCUCUCUGGGUCCAUCCCCAGCCACUCUCUCUCGGAGGCUGGAGUGGAUUUCUGGGGGAUUUCCAGGGAAAACAGCUCCAUCCAGUUGAGUCAUCGCAGCUCCUGCUCCGCUGGGCUCUGCCUCGGGUCCCAAAGCUCCCCAAAGCUGGGAUUGUGGAAUAACAGAAUGGUUUGGGUUGGAAGGGACCUUGGAGAUCCCCUCGUGUUGAGCUGUCCCCGGUGAACACCCGGGCCCUGCUCUGGAGGGGUCCAGACAUGACCCCUCAUCCUUUUGCUCGGGGCUCCAUCCUGCUGGUGCUGAGUUCCUGGGAAGGCUCCUUCACCCUGCUCCUUGAUGGUGCUGGGAGAGCCGUUGUGGGAAGGGCAAAAAGAGGGACAGUCCAGUGGUGGAGGAAACCAGCAGGAUUUUGCACAUAAAGAACAGGGAGAGGCCAUGGGGCGCUCAGGGGGGACAACCAGCCCCAUCCCUGCCGCCCUCGCUGCCCUUCUGCCUGGAUUUGCCUCCUCCUGCCAUCCAGGCCCUGCUCUCUUCCAAAAAGGACAGUAAAUGCCACCCAAAGGGCGGCUGAGACCUCCUAAGCUGCUGUCAAACAGCAGCGAGGCUGCUCAGGAGCUGACCCAGCUGAUGGAACCAACGUGUCGCUCUUCCCUCUGGCUCGGCCGCUCCGUUUGCCUUUCCCUGCCUCCCCCCUCUCCCCUAAUCCAGGCUGGAGCUGCUCCCAGGGCUCAGCCUGGGGCUCCCCUGACCCUGCUCUCGCCGUGCCCCCAGCUGGGAGCCCUGGCUGUGACUCUGGGGGUGCUGCUGGCCCUGCUGGGCUGCGCCGCCGCACCGGAUCCCGCCCUGGAGGAGGCUUGGGAAGAGUGGAAGAGUCUCUAUGCCAAGGAGUACCCAGGGGAGGACGAGACCUUCCGCAGGGAGAUCUGGGAGAAGAACCUGCGCCACGUCCAGCGGCACAACCGGGAGGAGGAGCAGGGGAGGCACAGCUACCGCCUGGCCAUGAACCACUUCGGGGACCUGACAAACGAGGAGUUUAAGCGGCUCCUGAACGGCUUCAUCCCGGCGCAGCAGGAGGAGAUCGGGCCGGUCUUCCGAGCCUCGGCCACCCUGAAGACCCCGGCGAGCGUGGACUGGCGGGCCAAGGGCUACGUGACACCCGUGAAGAACCAGGGGCUCUGCGGGUCCUGCUGGGCCUUCAGUGCCACGGGGGCCCUGGAGGGGCUGAUGUUCAAGCGGACGGGGAAGCUGGUGGUGCUGAGCGAGCAGAACCUCAUCGACUGCACCCGAGAGCUGGGCAACCGCGGCUGCGGGGGCGGCCACAUGGACCGAGCCUUCCAGUACGUGCGCGACAACGGCGGCCUCAACUCGGAGCGUUUCUACCCCUACACGGGCACGGACAACUCCUGCUGCCGAUACAACCCCCGGGACAAGGCGGCCAACUGCUCCGGCUUCGGGCGGGUGGCGCAGGGCAGCGAGGAGGCCCUGGCGCAGGCGGUGGCCACCGUGGGCCCGGUGUCGGUGUCGGUGGACGCCAGCGGCUUUCGCUUCUACAGCUCGGGAAUCUUCGGCUGCGGCUCCGGCAACCGGAGCACCAACCACGCCAUGCUGGCCGUGGGCUACGGCACCGCCCGGGUGGGUGGGCACAACCUCAGCUACUGGAUCCUAAAGAACAGCUGGGCAAAGACGUGGGGAGAGCAGGGCUACAUGACCCUGCUGAAGGACGCCGGCAACCAGUGUGGGGUGGCCAACCAGGCCAGUUACCCCCUGCCCUGAGCCAGGACAGCCCCCACUCCCUGCCCUGGCUGCACUUCCAUGGCUGUUUCCUUCCGGAAAGGGGCUUUUCCACCGCUGCUUCCUUCCAGAAAGGGGCUUUUCUUCGUGUGCAGCGAGAAGCAAUUAAA